UCUACGGUACGGCAGUACGCGCCGCGCUGCCUCGCCGGCAACUUGACUAAUUUAAAAAAAAAAAACUCUCCGUAUCUCCGCUUUUUUUUUUCUCGUUUAUUAUAGUUUACAUACGAAACGCGCAAUACGACCUCGUGGUUAAUUUUAAUUUCAAUACGGUUUAUCCUUGACGUGUAUAGACAACUUAAUCAUUAACAAUUCAUGUCGGAAGAGACUGAUGUUACAAAAACUGUUGCCGAGUUAAUUCUUCUUCACUCACAUUUUUAUCGAAUGUUUUAUUGCAACGGCUAUCUGCGCAGCCCGUUUCGACUUCUCGGUUGUCAUUGAGAAAUAAAAAGAGAAUAACGAAAACAACUAUCACAAGUGCUCACCCCACCCCUCUCUCCGUAGUGCAUAUUUUGUAAGUCGAGACAAGAGAAAAAAAGGGAGUGAUAAAAAAUAUAUCGCUGGGAUAUUUCCGUUUCACAAUUAUACGAUACGUGAAAAAAUUGUACAUCGAGUUUUUGGGUGAGCUGAUCUAGGAGAUCCGAGGGCCAUCCAAGUGGUAUCGCGAGAAGUGGGAACGUUCAAAAAAUAAAGAGAGAUGUAAAGAGAAUAAAAAAAAAAAGGCCAAGAGUGUGUGUAAUCGUACGUUCGUGCGAGAGGCGGUCCACGUUGGAGUAUACAACGUCGAAAUUCCGCGGUCUGUUGUGGUGGUGGCAAAAGGCAUAGAAGUCCGGGAGAGUUAUAACGCGACUGUUGAGGCGUCAACGGCCUUGAAAUUCUUUGGGAAAAAUCGAAGCGUUACACCAUAGGUGGAGAGUAUUAUCACGGAUCCUGACAUCAACAUUCUUUCUCAUCGCAUCAACGUUAUCCCCAGGAGCAUCAGAACAUCAGACUGAACGAGACUGUCUCGAUGCAAAUAUCCUCGGUAAAAAAUCACAAUCCCUCGUCGACGAGGAAGUAAACAAUCCGCAAGAGCUCCAGAUUGUUUUUCAUUUCCACUUCUCGAGGAUACAAAUAGAGAAGACCUAGAGAAAUCACAAACCCAUUCAAAACAUGACCACGUGACCUGUCGCUCCGUAAACAUCGUUGGACCACGUGCUUUGCCCCCUCUAUUACCCCGCACCAGCGAAAUCCCCACUUCCAAUACUUUGCUCUUGUGAAGUCCCGCGCAAUUUCAACCUACUACUGGGCAUUCAAUACCAGUUGGAUCUAUCAGGAUUGAGGCGACUUCAGUUUCACAAUUUUUUUUUUCCAAGUUGAUCAAGUGUUGAGCGCAGAGGGAGACAUUGUUGGCGUGCUGGAGAAAAGCUGGUGGCCAGGGUGUCCAGGGAAGAGAGUGGCCAAGGAAAAUCAGUCAAAGUGGAUUUUACGGAGGAUAGUAUGAUGGACUCGGUGACGGGACCAGUAAUGGUCCCGACAACCAUUCAACCACCUCCUUCGCAUUCACCACCUGAUGGUCCCCACACACCCCAGGGAUUGUCAUUCGAUCUUGAAAGUGGAUUUGAACCCCAGACACGUGCACGCUCCAAUACGUGGCCAUUGCCAAGACCUGAUGGCUAUGUUGAUGGGAAUGGUGGUAGUGGUGAUGGUGGUGGUGGUAAUGGCGUUGGAAUUGGCAAGGAUGGUACGGAAAGUGGUACACCACCGCAGCAGAGUGGACUUGGACAGGGGGCUGGUCUUCUUCCCGUUAAGAAAAAUUCAUCCAGGAGAAAUGCCUGGGGCAAUCUCAGCUAUGCUGAUCUUAUAACCCAGGCCAUCACCAGUGCACCUGAGAAGCGACUCACACUUUCCCAGAUUUAUGAGUGGAUGGUGCAGAAUGUACCGUAUUUUAAGGACAAGGGGGAUAGCAACAGUAGUGCUGGCUGGAAGAAUUCAAUACGACACAAUCUGUCCUUACAUAACAGAUUUAUGCGAGUGCAGAAUGAGGGAACCGGAAAGAGUUCAUGGUGGAUGAUAAAUCCAGAUGCUAAACCCGGAAAAUCAGCCCGAAGAAGAGCGACUUCGAUGGAGACGAGUAAAUUCGAGAAGCGAAGAGGUCGAGUCAAGAAGAAGGUGGAGGCAUUGAGGAAUGGCUUGCAGGCUGAUGCAACACCAAGUCCUAGUAGCAGUGUCAGUGAGGGUCUUGAUCUAUUUCCCGAUAGUCCACUCCAUGCCGGAGGUUUCCAGCUGUCCCCUGACUUUCGUCCGAGAGCUUCGAGCAACGCCUCAUCGGUAGGUCGCCUCAGUCCGAUUCCAGCUGUGCUUGGAGAGCCAGAUUGGACCGGAACUUAUGGCUCCUCAUACAGUCCUGAACAAUUAGCUGGUAAUCUUGCCGAAUCGAUGAAGCUGGAAUCCUACCAGAUGUAUCAAACAUCACCACCGAAUCAUCAACAGCAAACAGUGCCACCACCUUCCUACUUCGAGGCACAGUACCAGAGGAACAACACAUUGCGUAAAGCAUCGUCACCGUACGGUUUACCACCAACACCACAGCCUGCAAACCAACAGAGAUGUCCCAUUCAUCGUCUCCAGCCUUGCACAUGUCAAAUGAAUUUGAGUCCCGUCUCUGGGAUGUCACCGUCGUACCAGAGUGAACCCAGCACAUCACCACUGGGUGCACAACAACAAACACAAGCUCAAUCACAAAUGAGAACAGUCAACGAGCAAGAGCUACAGUACCUUCUGCAAUCUCAGAGUCAAACAGACCAGCAGAAUCAACCGAGACAGGCACAAACGCGACCAACGAAUUCUAGUCCCCCACAGACACCAACAUCAACGCCGAGUACAAUGAUGGGUCAAUUAAUGGGUGCAUUAAACAAUACGACGUUACUUGAUGAUUUGAAUAUUAAUAUUGAGGGGCUUCACGGUGGUUUCGAUUGCAAUGUCGACGAGGUAAUAAAACAUGAGCUUUCGAUGGAUGGUACGUUGGACUUCAAUUUUCAACAAGGAAUAAUGGGUACAGCAGCCGUUCAAGUCACUGACACUGCCAUGAAUCACGGUAACGUUGUUACGUCAAACAAUCAAGCUGGAUCGUCAAAUCCAUCCAGUGGCGUUUAUGCCACCACAAAUUCAACGACACCUGCUGCACCACCCUCGUGGGUUCACUAGCAGUGGUGUACACUAACAACGACACCAGCUUUGUUCUCCUCAACUUCCAUGCCGCUGCAUCAAAUGCCUUUUUGUCAAUAUCGUGAACCCAAGCGACAAUAUACUGGAGUUCAAGGAUGGAAGGACUGCCGUGACGAUCGGCUUGUGAUAAGAUGUAGAAAUAAUUGUAGAAUUCGAAGAUAUACGUACUUUAAGGAUGGCAGUUUACGCUAGAUAGUUGCAAUUGCGUCGAUGUAAUGAGAGAUAAUAAUUAUAAAGUAAGUGAGAAAGUGAGUAAUUAAUUGUGGAUUGAAUGAUUUCAUUCCUAUCAUGGAUGACUUUAGCCACAUUUUCUCAAACAGUUAACCAUUUUGUACGAAGCCGUGAACUUAAUAGCCAUGAUUUUUUAUUCCCCGAUACUCAGUCAUCCUUCGUAAAUAUUAGUCAAUAAUUUUUGUGGCGUCUUGAGGGCAGUUGCAUCAAUUUCUAGCGACUAGUAUCUCAGGAUGUAAAUAAAAAAUAUAAUGGACAUUCUACAGGAUAAAUAUUUUGCAAUUGAAAUAAAUCGAUACUGAUCUUUCCAGAUAAAUUCUUGCACUGAGUGUUCAGUAAAAAAUCAGUUAAAAGAAUUCGUAAAUUCGUAAAAGGAAAACUAUUGAUUCAUUUUGUCAAUAUCAUAAGAGAAAUUAAAAUAAUUUAUUCGCUCUUUUUGUUUAUCUCGUUGAUGGAAAUUGGUGCAACAAUUUCUCACUGUUUUCAAGACUCCCGCCACAGUUUAACAAAUUGCCUUAAUUCAUGGUAAACAAUACACAAAAAACAACAAGAAAAAAAGCCGUCAACUGUACAAUAACUUUGAUCGGUGCUUAAAUCGUUGAGACGCUUCGCUACGUUAGUCAAUAAUUGUGCCGUGAUUGUAUAAUGGGUAAUAAUAAAUGAAACUAAUAAUAACAAUGAACAAAAGUCCAGGAAAAAUCGGAUGUACUUUGUGUCAAUAGAUAUUCCGCACAGUAACAGGAUGGCAGUCUUCAUUUAAUUUUCUUCAGUCUACAAAAAAUCUACGGGUAUAUUUCAAUUCAAUUAAUUUAAUUACCUGAGCACACGAAAUCUGGCCUGAAUUAGUGGCAUCAUGGAUCGAAAAUGAUCAAUGAUUUCCCAGAAAAUUGCACAUCACUCUCAAUUUACGUAGAAAAAAAAAAACACAAAAACGAAAUAUACAACUGCGUGGAGCUCCUAUUACGUAUGUUAUAUACAUGAUUUAGGUAAAUAAAUGGGAAGUAGAUAGUUAGUAUAAUUAAAUAUCCAGGUGAAGUGUCGGUAUAUGAGUGUGCAAAAAUGUGAAAUCUAUGUGAAUUAUUGUAGAAAAGAAAUGCGUGUGUAUGCACGGAGGGAGAAUAUACAAAGAUGGAUAAUAAAAUAAUUGGGUAAGCUAGACUAGAAAACAGAUUGUUAUAUUGUUAUAAGAUAGUUUUUAGAUUUAUCGUCAAGGCGAAACGAUUACAAACGAGUCGAACUCUUUGCGAAUGACAGAUGAAUAUGAAUAGGAUGCUAUAUAUUAACUGUGUAAAGAAUGAAAAUGGUAAAAUAAAAAAUGUGUAAUAAAAUCAAAAGCGUCGGCCUAGCUGUUUUGUGGAGCGAUGUGAAUGAUGAGCUAUCGAUGCAAUUAAUCUGUUAUUUAUACUGAAUUUAUUUCGAAAUAAUCAAUUCUGUUCCCUUCAUGUUGCCGACGGUGAGAAAUAUUGGAGGAUUAACUGAUUGCCUUAUGUCGUACUUUUAUACUUCGACAGUGCUGUCCAAUAUGUAAUUUUAAUAAUUCAAUUUUUUAACGACAUAUUGUAAUUAUCAUUAUUUCAAUUUUCUUCCCUUUUGCGCACGAAUGAAAUCAUUUGAUCAGAAAUUCUGGCGUUUUUUCUAUCAUAAACAUGAGAUUGUACUUUUCACCUUUCAAAUUCCUCCAAUUUUUAACGGGUUUCCGCCAUUCUUAAGGAUUUUUUUGAGGAUUGCAGAAAUGAAUUGAAAAAUUCAUUAGAAAAAAAACAAAUUGAAAGCAUCUAAAGUGAUUUAAAUGCGUUAAUUGGGCGUUAAUCGAAGACACUUCAUAGAAUUUCGUUUCAUCGACUUCCGAUGGAGAUUUAUAAAUUGUCAGAGCAGACGGUAACUUUUUCUAUCAAAUUAUUUCAUACGUCUUGCCACCCACAGUUGUGAUUCAAGCGCACAGACGUGUGCUUUGUACACUGAUAAUACAAAUUAUAUAUAACAGUCGUUUGAAAAAAGGAAAAGCUUAGAUAAGUGGAAUGGCGUAGUGAAUAAGCUGAAAAAUCGACACAUAGUAUGAAGGAAUUUCGGUUUAUAGUGUACGAAUACCACUAUUUAAUAUAAUAAAAUUUAUGAAGGAUAUAAUAAAUGGGUUGCAUAGGA